AUGGUCGCCAGCGGCACGAGCGACAACGUUCCGGGGUUGCCGGGCACCGGCGGAUCCCCGAGCGCGAGGCGCAGGCAAUGCCCACCCCACGUGCGGAUGUUGCCGUCCGCGCUGGGGACGCGGUCUCUGGACCACAUAAGGACCCAGAUGACUGGAUCGGGAGCUGUGUCCCCCGGCAGCCCCAUGCUCCAGCAGGGCUCCAUGGCCGUGGUGCUGCGUGUGAGGCCCCCCAGCCCCGAGGAGCGAGCUGCAUCCCCGGUCCUGCACGUUCUGAACCAGCACGCGGUGCUGUUCAGGCCCGAGGAGUCCAGUGGCACCGGCGGCACCUCGCCGCCUUCCCGCAGCCCCGACCGCCGCAGGAACCUCCAAUUUGAGUUCGACCACGUUUUUGACGAGGGGGCCACGCAGGAGGAGGUGUUCCAGCACACCACGCUCCCUCUGCUGGACACCCUCCUCGCUGGCUACAACUGCUCCGUGUUUGCCUAUGGUGCUUCAGGAGUUGGGAAAACCCACACCAUGGUGGGCUCCAAGACCAGCCCUGGCAUUGUGCACCUGGCUACAAUGGAGCUCUACAGGAGGCUCGAGGCCAUGAAGGACAGAAGCUACGAGGUCCUUGUCUCCUACCAGCAGGUGUACAAAGAGCGCGUCUACGACCUGCUGGAGCCCCAGGGCCCACUGAAUGUCUGGGAGCAGCCUGGGAAAGGAGCCGUGGCACAGGGCCUCUCCUUCCACCAGCCCGCAUCACCAGAGCAGCUCCUGGACAUGUUGGCCAAGGGCAAUAAAAACCGGGCACAGCGUCACACCAAGGCCAACUCCACCUCCUCUCGCUCCCACGCCAUCUUCCAGAUCCAGGUGAAGCACUGGGACCCCGCUGUCCCACUCGCCGAGGACCAGCGCGAGGCCAAGCUGAGCUUCAUCGACCUGGCGGGCUUGGAGCGAGGCUGGGACACCCUGGCCCAGGGAGAGGGGCUGUGGGAGAGCAUCAGCAUCAACCGCUCGCUGCUGGCCUUCGGAAGCGUCGUCCGUGCGCUGGCCGGAGCCCAGGGUGGGCAGAGCCAUGUGCCAUUCCGGGACAGCAAACUGACGCGCCUGCUGAAGGACUCGCUGGGCGGCAGCUGCCGCAGCACCCUGAUCGCGGCCGUGAGCCCCGCGGCGCCCGCCGGCCCCGACACCUACAGCACGCUGCUGUUCGCCAGCCAGGCCCGGCACGCCCUGCUGUCGUCCCUGCAUCUGCAGAGUGCUCAGAUGUCUCUCUGCACCCCCGGAGCAGUCUCCUUGCCCAACCUGCAGUUCCAGGACAAGACAUCAAGUCCUCUUCUGCAGGACCAGUCUGGGCACCAGGAACAGAACCUCUGCCCUGAUGAAAUGACUGCAAAGACAAAGGAAGUGGAGGUCCUGGCAGUGGAGGAGUCCACAGGGCUGGAGGAGGCUAUAGAGCUGGAUGAGACUGUAGAGCUGGAGGAGACUGUAGAGCUGGAGGAGUCCACAGGGCUGGAUGAGGCUGUAGAGCUGGAUGAGGCUGUAGAGCUGGAGGAGGCUGUGGAGCUGGAGGAGGCCGUACAGCUGGAGGAGACCAUACAGCUGGAGGAAGCUGCACCUCCCUGUAGCCUUGCAGAGUCCAGCAAGGCUGCCCCAGCCCCGGGAAUGCAGCUGAGCUGUGCUGCCGAGGCACCAGUGCCAGAUCCCCUUGUGCCCAGCACUGACCCGGAAUCCUCUCAGGAGCUCUCUCCGUGCUCCACUCCCAGGCCGAUGUCUCCCGGGCUGAUUAAGUGGAUGCUCGAGUCGAGCAGCGAUUCCCAAUCAGAAAAUUCCCGCAACUCCGGAAAACAGAGGAAGCGCCAGUGGAGUUGUGGGAAGACAGCAGAGACUCCCCGAGCAGCGCAGAGCCCCGCUGUGUCCCCGGGACCCCGUUGUGCCAUCCUCCAGCCCUCCCCGCCGGCGGGCACCCAAAGCCCUGACACCCCGGCACCAGCGGCUGCACCGACCCCCAGCCCCCUCCCCGGGCCGGCUCCAGAGCUGCUUCCCCCAGGCGCUGAGCAGCGGCAGCCAGAGCUGGGGACAGCCCUCCCGCAUCCACCCCCCAGCACCUCUCCCGGCCUUCAGACUCCAAACGCCUUCAGUUCCUCUGUCUCCCGUCCUUCCUGCGGCCCAGCGAGCGUCGUCUCCAGCGCUCCAAUGCCCUCCUGGCCCGCAGUGCCCUCCUGGCCAUGGUUCCUCCUGCGUGCCUGCAUUUCUGCCCCCUCUGGCACAGUCCUGUUUGUGUGUUUGCAGGUUAUGAGUGGGUUCAGGAAAUAA